AUGGCCGACGACAAGAAGAGCGAUGACUACGGCAUGAGCUCUGCGAAGGGCUCCCGUGCGCCAUCGCCGGUGACCCGCUCCUCCAAGGGCAGCUCCUCGAUCACAGAGAACCCCGUCGUCGCCAUCCUGUCGUACUGUGGCUCCUCGAUCCUCAUGACAGUGACGAACAAAUACGUCUUGUCCGGCCGCGACUUCAACCUCAACUUCUUCUUGCUCUGCGUGCAGUCUGUCGUCUGUGUUGUUGCCAUCUCCUUCUGCAAGGCCUCGGGAAUCAUCACCUACCGCGACUUCAAUACUGAUGAGGCCAAGAAAUGGUUCCCCAUCGCCCUUCUUCUGAUUGGUAUGAUCUACACGAGCACCUGGGCGCUCAAAUUCCUCUCGAUUCCCGUCUACACCAUCUUCAAGAACCUGACCAUCAUCCUGAUCGCAUACGGCGAGGUGCUCUGGUUCGGCGGCUCCGUCACCCCUAUGGCCCUCUUUUCCUUCGGUUUGAUGGUCCUCAGCUCCAUCAUUGCAGCUUGGGCAGACAUUCAGCAUGCGCUCUCCAGCAUGGGACACGCCACGGAGGCCGCGAGUGAGGCAGUCUCCACUCUGCACGCCGGCUACCUGUGGAUGAUGUUCAACUGCAUCUGCAGUGCAACAUUCGUCCUGUGCAUGAGGAAGCGCAUCAAGCUCACCAACUUCAAGGACUUCGAUACCAUGUACUACAACAACCUCUUGACCAUCCCCAUCCUCCUGAUCGCGUCCAUCCUCGUCGAAGACUGGUCCCCUGCGAACAUCCAGAAGAACUUCCCCGCCGACCAGCGCAACGCGGUCAUCUUCGUCAUGGUCCUGUCCGGUCUAUCUUCCGUCUUCAUCUCCUACACUUCCGCUUGGGCUGUCCGUGUUACAACCUCAACGACAUACUCCAUGGUCGGUGCUCUCAACAAGCUCCCUAUCGCACUCAGCGGCUUGGUGUUUUUCGAUGCGCCCGUCACAUUUGGCAGCGUUUCCGCCAUCUUCGUCGGUUUCGUCAGUGGUAUCGUCUACGCUCUCGCCAAGGUGCGGCAGAACGCCGCGGCCAAGGCCAAGUCUGUGCUCCCUGUCUCAAAUGUGCCAGUCAGCUCCAGCAGCCAGAGUAUGCGCGAUGGCCUCAAGGCGUAA